AUCACUAUUAGGACUUGGCCAAUGUUUAUCACGUUUUAUGUUUCCUAUGUAUGCUUAACUAAUAUAUCCACCUCAUAUUCAAAGGCUUAGUGAUCUAUCUUCAUACUAUUUAUAAUAUGUGGAACGUCUAGUUAGUGACAGACAAGUCAUAGAAAGUAUCAAUGGAUAACAACAGAUGGAGUCUUCAAAGUAUGACUGCUCUUGUGACCGGUGGAGCCAGCGGAAUUGGAUCGUUUCUCGAAUAUUUAGCUAUGCCAUAGUAGAGGAGUUAGCUGGUUUUGGAGCUAGAGUCCAUGUAUGUGAUAUAUCUGAAACUAAGCUUAACCAAAGUUUAAGCGAAUGGGAAAAGAAAGGGUUUCAAGUGAGUGGCUCAGUCUGUGAUGUAACCUCUCGUCCCAAAAGAGAAAAAUUGAUGCAAACUGUAUCCUCAUUGUUUGGUGGCAAACUCAACAUUUUAGUAAACAAUGUAGGUGGAAUUCGCAACAAACCAACGAUAGAGACCGUGGCAGAAGAUUUCUCGUUCCAUAUCUCAACAAACUUGGAAUCUGCUUAUCAUCUAAGCCAGAUUUCACAUCCUUUGAUGAAGGCUUCAGGAUUUGGAAGUAUCGUCUUCAUUUCCUCUAUCGGAGGCGUUGUUUCGAUGGCCUGCGGAUCUCUUUUUUCUCUAGCAAAAGGAGCUCUGCAUCAGCUAGCUAAAAAUUUGGCAUGUGAAUGGGCAAAAGAUGGCAUAAGAGCCAAUGUUGUUGCACCAAAUGCUAUCACGACUCCUAUGUCUCAACCUUUUCUUGACGACAUCAGUUUCAAGGAGGCAUUGUUGAGUAGAACUCCACUUGGCCGUGUUGGAGAGCCUAAUGAAGUUGCAUCUCUAGUGGUCUUCUUGUGUCUACCUGCAGCUUCUUAUAUCACUGGCCAAACCAUUUGUAUUGAUGGUGGUCUCACUGUUAAUGGCUUCUCGUAUCAGCCCCAUUCUUGAAAGUCGCCUUGUAGCGUUCUGUUUGGUUAUCCUAAACCUCAAUGUUCGUUGUAUAAUAAAAACUCAGCCACGCUGUGAGAUUAGUAUUUGCAUGAAAACAGAAACGAGAGUUCACUUUUCUACUGUGGAGAGGUUAAUCUCGCUAAGAUAUACAAUAUUUUGAUGUAUGUGCUUAAAGAAUCUAUAUUAUUUAAAAUUCA